UCGUGUGAGCAGCUGUGGAGUUCAUUCACAAGGGUGGGGUUUGGUGGUUCCUCCUGCUCGCAAUGGUGUUGCUGGCUCCGGCGACGGUAAGCGCCGAGCAGGAGGAUGGGGCCACAACCAUCGCCACCUUGCAGGUCGAGGAGGAGGUCGGCUCGCGUGCCGAUGACCACGGCAACAACUGGUGCGACAUCAAGUGUGACUAUCAGCAAGAUCCGGUCAAGAGACAGUUCUGCGUAGACCAGUGCCACAGCCAGGAGCAUCAUCAUCCUAGCAGAGAGUUCUGCGAGAUGAAGUGUCAACACUGGCAAGACCCGACAAGAAAGGAACAAUGCGUGCAGCAAUGCAUGAGCUUUGGCCUCAACCUCCAUGUUGGCAACAACAACGGCGUCGACGGGCGACCCCAUGCCUUGGAGGAGGAGGUCGGCUCGCGUGCCGAUGACCAUGGCAACGACGAUUGCGACAUCAAGUGCGCCUAUUACCAAGAUCUGGCCAGGAGACAGUUCUGUGUGGACCAGUGCCACAGCCAGCAGCAUCAUCAUCCUAGCAGAGAAGACUGCGAGUUGAAGUGUCAACACUGGCAAGACCCAACAAGAAAGGAACAAUGCGUGCAGCAGUGCAUGAGCUUUGGCCUCAACCUCCAUGUGGGUGGCAGCAGCAGCGUGGACGAGCACCUCCGCGGCUGGGAAGUGGUGGCCGGAGCCAUCAUCGAGGAGGUGGUGUCAGGGCCGGCUCUGGGAUUUCAAAGGCCCCAGGGCGGACUCCACCAAUGGGCCCAAUAGAGAGAAAAAUCCAAUUUGAUACAUGAAUGAAUACAGUUAUUAUGAGGUCACAA